UGGUGUCUCCCCGAACGCAUGGUGACCGCAUGUAUGUAUACAAUACAUACGAAUCAGCUAACUCGAGAAUAUUGUUUACUGAAAAAAUCUUCAAAUUUGCGGUUUUGCUGGUCGAAUUUUUCCGGCAAAAUAUUAACUAGCGUCGUUUUGUGUUCUACUCUUUGCCGAGUCACAUUCCUGUAUGUUCGAGCGUUAAUAUUUCUGCUUCCUGUAUACUUUUGUGUUUAUAAGUCAUUGAAUUACGUUUUAUUAUUUAAAAUUAGUAAUAACCGAAUCUAAAAAAAUGGAAGAAGAAGAAGUAAUUGUCGCAGCAGCAGUGCUGGUACUGCGUAAUUUAAUUUAUUCAUCUGAAAGUGAUGACGAAGAAGAAGUACAAGUAAUAAGGAAUCCAAGAAGAAAGGUUGCUAGAAUUGAAAAUUAUGUUGAACAAAUAAUACCAGCAUUAACAAGAGAGCAAUUUAAAGCUCACUUCAGGAUGGUUCCUGAAACCUGUGCUUAUGUUCUAUCUUGUAUAGAGCACAAACUACAAAGGACAACAUUUGGAACACCAAUGAUUUCUCCACGCACACAGUUCCUUUUGGCAUUAUGGCGACUCUCUACUCCAGAUUCGUUUAGGUCUAUUUGUGAACGUUUUAAUGUUGGUAGAAGUACUGCACUGUACAUAACAAGAAGAGUUGUUAAGGCACUUGUUGACCUUGCACCCGUCAUAAUUAAAUGGCCUACAAGAGAACGAGUACAUGAAGUGUGGGAGGGAUUUCGAAACACGAGUAGUUUUCCAAAAAUAAUUGGUGCCAUCGAUGGAAGCCAUAUUACCAUUCCAGCUCCGAAAAAGAAUCCUCAUUGUUACAUAAAUCGAAAAGGUCGUCACUCCAUUCAAAUUCAGGCUAUUUGUGACCAUAAGUGUCUAUUUACUCACUGUUAUAUUGGACAUGUCGGAUCUGUCCAUGAUCAGCGUGUGUUUCGCCAGUCUGAAGUUCAACAUUACUUGGGAGAUGAAACGAGAUUUCCUCAAGAUAGCCAUUUAGUCGGCGAUCAAGCAUAUAAGCUGCAUGAAAAUUUACUUGUACCGUAUCGAGACAAUGGUCACCUAACCGAAAGACAACGAAAUUACAACUUUUGUCAAUCUUCAGCAAGAAUUGCUAUAGAGAGAGCAUUUGGGAUAUUGAAAGGAAGAUUCCGAUGUCUUUUAACCACAUUUGCAAUGGAUCGGGUUGAUCUAAUCCCUAUGCACAUUCUUGCGUGUUGCAUAUUACACAAUAUUUGUCUGAUGAGAAGUGAUGAAUUAGAUAUUGAAAUAAAUGUGGACGAAGAAGGCGAAGAAGCAAAUGUAGCGGAUGAAAAUGUUCCUCUUCCUGGAGCAGCUGUUGCCAAAAGAGAUCGUAUAUGCCAAACGUUAAGAAUGAGACAUGUAUAAGUACUUAUAUAUAAUAUUUGUAAACUUCAGUUACUCUGUUUUCAAAAUAAAUGGUUUAAAUACAA